AAUUUUUGGGUUGAGUUUGUGAGCUGCACUCUACACGUUGCUAAAGUCGACGUUGAGCUCGAGGAGGUCCCGAUGACCUUUUCUCAAGUCUACCUGACUUACAAAGAAGCGAAUGAUGGCAGCCCCCAACGGCAAACCGAGGGGCAAGAAGCCGAAGCCCGAAAACCCAAUAUCGGCAGCAACCCGAGCUUGGCUUCUCUCACUUCCCCCGCAAGCCCAGCCAUGGCGAACCUCUGAUGAACUGGACACUCUUCUUAACCAACAAACACCGAAACGGUUCGCCAUCUACGAGCCUAUGCUUCUCCUCCCCAGCGGGAGCUUCGAUAAGGACCUUUGGCGCACUCUCCUUGGCCACCCCGACAUCACUAACGACAAGAUUCACCAGCUAUGGGAUGCGAUCCUGCGGGACGUCUCAAAGACGGGCUCAAGCAUGCUCACUCACCUCGCCGUCAAUGAAGGAAUCCCUCUCCAGACGGGCGCCAAGACAGACGACGGGAACACCGUCGAAAAGGGCGAGAACAUCCUCCGGACCCCCAGCGGCCUCAAGAUCCUGCAUGGCGACUUUGGCACUCCCGUCAAUCCAGCCAAGCCCUCGUCUGAGGACUUUGAGGCGGCCUUUUGGGUGUCAACCAAACAGAACGGCAUCUAUCAGACAUGGGCCCCGCGCUGGACCAUGUUCAGCCGGGGAAACAUCAAGGAAAAGACACGCCUCCUCGAGUUUCACAGCCACGCAGUCCCCGAAGCCAUGUCUCAUCGCCGUCGCCCCGCGUCUUCGCUCAAGAAGCAUUGGGCGGUGGAUUUGUACGCGGGCAUCGGCUACUUCACCUUCUCGUACGCCAAACUCGGCCUGAGGGUCCUCUGCUGGGAGCUGAACCCGUGGAGCGUUGAAGCCCUGCGCCGCGGUGCCGUCGCCAACGGGUGGCGGGUCAGGGUUGUCCAGGGUGCCGACCUCGAGCUACCCGCCGCCCAACUCCUCACAGGUGACGAGCAGAUCGUCGUUUUCCUCCAAGACAACCAGAAAUCUGCAGACAGGAUAGCAGACAUGCGUGUCUCGGGUACUCCGGUCAAUAUCCUACACGUCAAUGGCGGGCUGCUCCCGACCAGCGAGCCCACGUGGCGGCCGGCGUGGGACAUGACAGCCACAUCCCCUGAAGGCUGCUGGCUGCAUCUCCACGAAAAUGUCGGCAUUCAUGACAUCGAACCGAGACGCGCAGACAUUCAAAGCCUGUACGAUGGCUGGGCGGCAGCGACAGAGAGCGGCCGGGCCGCGACGGUCGAGCAUGUCGAAUUAGUCAAGACGUACGCGCCCGACGUCUGGCAUUGCGUCUUUGAUGUACAUAUUACAAGAUCUAAUAAGAUUACAUAACCGUCGUGAAUCGCUUGUCUCUCGUUCCUGUCAACGUUGUCGGCCUAUACCGCCUGCUACUUCAUCCUUCCUUUGAGAGGGGAGGGGGUGAGCGAAUCGAGCGCUAUGACCGCCGAAACUUUUGCGGGAUGUUGACUUCGACAACGGCCAUCUGGUCGAGUUGCUCUAACCUCUCCUGCUCGUCCUCCAUCUGCUCGUGCUUCUUGAAGUGCUCGAUGUCCUCGGGGUGCGUCAGAUCUUCGAGCUUGGUGUUCUCGUCGUGGUACCUGGUGUCACUCCCGUCAGCUUCUCCCUCUACUCUACCGGGAAUAGAC